CGACCAACGACCGGCCACGAUGGCGGACGACCUCUUCCUCGAAGAGGUGGCGGUCAAGAUAUCGGCAGCUUUGAAUUUGAGCCUCAAUAAUCGCGGUUUGGCGCGCCAGGUCGUUGAUGCAGGUCGGGCCGCACCUUCGCUGGAGCGCUUUGUCAAAACCUGUUCCGCCUUUGGCCGCUUUGAGUCACAGUUGCUGGAGGAUCUCUACUGUCGCAUCAAGACAGUCAAGGGAAGCUCAGCCGCUGCUGGAGCAGGCGGAGCAGCUCCAGAGCAUGCUCAACAGCUGCCGGCAUCCGAACCAGAGCAAGGAGGGCUCUUUGUCCGGCGCCCGCGUAACAUCAAGCCAGCAGAGGGCGCGGAAGACCUGGUGUUUCGCCCGCCAAAGUCCGUCCUCGGCCUUGACCGCCUGGCCGCCGCCAAGCGACGACAAAAGGCCGAGCAGGAAAAAAAUGCCGAAGGGGCCGAGAGCAAGCGCUCCAAACCCACGAGUGGCGUUCAUCUCGGCUGGGAGGCAGAGGAGGAAGCAGAGCCAGUCGGUUCUGCUGCGACCAGACCCUCCCAGGACGGGGAUGACAUUAAACUCAAGUCACGUAGCUCUCGACCCAAGGCUGGCCGGCGACGCCAUCCCGGUGAGGCCACUCCAUCAGAGGGUGCAGGGUUAGCGACACCCUUGCGCGAAGAACUGCAUCAGCGCCACCGUGACCAGCGCUUUGGUGCCGACCGGCCUCGCGAUGACCGUCGUCACAACGACCGCGACGAACAUUGGUCUCGUUACGACGACAGACGCGGGCGCGACCGCCGGCCGUACGAUGACCGUCGGUCGCGGGACGAGCGCGAUCGACGAUAUGACGACCAAGGUCGAGAGGGAAGGCGUGACGCUGGUUCUUGGGAGCGUCGGGGCUCGCAUGAACAUGAACGUGAGCGCAGUCGUGAUGAUCGUACCCCUCGCAGCGACCGCCGCCUUCAAACACCCGGACGAAGGUAUAGUAGCGACUCCCACGUGCGUAUCAGCCGCGGUCGACGUCGCACGACAGGUGGCAGCACCCCUGCUUCCAUGUAUCGAUCCACUCCCAUCUCCACGCCCUCUUACAAGCGAAACUCAUGGAAUCAGAGCGAAUCGCAGAAGCAUGGGGACCGCGUGUAUCGAGAGGACGACCAUGAACGACCAGACUUUGCCAACGAGGAGGAAGAAGCCGCCUGGAAGCACGAGCAGGAUCAAAUCGAGCGACACUGGUACUAUGAAGAUGGUCACGAUGAUGACUUUGAUCCUUUUGCCGGCAUGGCCGACUACGCUGCCAAGAAGGAGCAGCAGCUCCAGUUGGCAAAACCCGUGGAACGCAUCAACGCCUUCAAGCGUCAACGAAACGCCGAUCAAGAUCGCUGGGAACAGAACCGCAUGCUCACCUCAGGCGCUGUCCAGCGCGUGGGGCCCAUGGACGACGACGAGGAUGAUGACGUGGGCAAAGUCCAUUUGCUUGUUCAUCAUCUCGUGCCCCCUUUUCUCGAUGGCCGCAUUACUUUUUCAAAGCAACCCGAGCCAGUGUAUCCGGUCAGGGACCCCGCGAGCGACAUUGCCGUCUUGGCCAAGAAGGGCUCCAUGCUUGUUCGCCGCGAGCGCGAAAAGCAGGAUGCCGUCAAGGGCCAGAAAAAGGAGUGGGAACUUGCCGGCACCGCUUUGGGCAAAAUCAUGGGCGUCAAAGACAAGUCAGAUGAUCCCGCCGAUCAGGAGCCCGAGGACCAUGCGGCUGGGUCAAAGUUUGCUGAACAUAUGAAGGAGGACGAUAAGGAAGAUAAUGCGACCUCACACUUUGCUCGCACCAAGACCAUCAAAGAGCAGCGCCAGUACCUGCCGAUCUAUGCCGUUCGCCAAGAGCUCCUUAACAUCAUUCGUGAUAACCAGGUCAUCAUCAUUGUCGGACAGACCGGCUCAGGCAAAACAACGCAAAUGACCCAAUACUUGUACGAAGCAGGGUAUGGCGACUUUGGCACCAUUGGCUGUACUCAACCCCGCCGUGUCGCCGCCAUGUCUGUGGCCAAGCGCGUGUCCGAGGAAAUGGGCGUUGAACUUGGGAAGCAAGUUGGCUACAGCAUCCGUUUUGAGGACGUGACUUCGCGUGAGACGGUAAUCAAGUACAUGACCGAUGGCAUCCUGCUACGCGAGUCGCUGAACGAAGGUGACUUGGAUCAAUACAGUGCCAUCAUCAUGGAUGAGGCCCACGAACGUUCUCUCAACACUGACGUGCUCUUUGGCCUGCUGCGUGACGUGGUUGCCCGGUGCGGCACAGCCGCCCCAAGAUGCGUCCGUCCGUCUCAUUCUCGUGUGCCUCGUUGCAUUAGACGCCGUGAUCUCAAGCUGAUCGUGACCUCUGCCACCAUGGACUCGACGAAAUUUGCUACUUUCUUUGGCAACGUGCCUGUUUUCAACAUUCCUGGUCGCACGUUCCCGGUUGAGGUGUUUUUCGCCAAGAAUCCCGUUGAUGACUAUGUCGAGGCCGCGAUCAAACAAGCCGUGCAGAUCCACUUGCAGCCACAUCCUGGUGACAUGUUGAUUUUCAUGACGGGUCAGGCCGACAUUGAGGCCACUUGCUCUGUGUUGGCCGAACGGCUGGAGGCGCUGGGCGAGGACGUACCACCACUCUCCAUUCUACCCAUCUACUCGCAGCUGCCUUCUGACCUUCAAGCCAAGAUCUUUAAAAAGUCGGAUGUUCGCAAGUGUAUUGUUGCGACAAAUAUCGCCGAAACAUCAUUGACCGUGGAUGGUAUCAUGCACGUGAUUGACAGCGGCUUUUGCAAGCUCAAGUGCUACAACCCCAAGAUUGGUAUUGACGAUCUGCAAAUUUACCCCAUCUCACAAGCCAAUGCCAACCAGCGAUCGGGGCGUGCCGGCCGUACGGGGCCGGGCAACGCUUAUAGGCUCUACACUGAAGCCAUUUACAAAAACGAACUGUUGCCGCUGACGGUGCCGGAGAUUCAGCGAACGAAUCUAGCCAACGUCGUGCUCCUGCUCAAGUCACUGGGCGUUGAAAAUUUGAUGGACUUUCACUUCAUGGACCCGCCGCCCCAGGAAACCAUCCUCAAUUCCAUGUAUAACCUCUGGAUCUUGGGCGCGCUUGACAACACGGGCGCGCUGACGCCGCUGGGCCGCCAAAUGGUGGAGUUCCCCCUGGAUCCGGCGCAAUCCAAGAUGCUGAUUGUGUCAGCCGACUUGGAAUGCUCGUCCGAGAUUUUGACCAUCGUCAGCAUGUUGUCUGUGGACAAGCACUUUUUCCGCCCGCCGGGGCGGGAAGAGGAAUCGGAUCUCAAGCGAGAAAAGUUUGCGGUACCUGAAAGCGAUCAUUUGACGCUACUUAACACAUACCAACAGUGGAAGUCAAACAACUACUCGAGCUCUUGGGCGUCGGAGCACUUUAUUCACGCCAAAUCGAUGCGCAAGGUCCGCGAGAUUCGCAUGCAGUUGAUGGACAUUAUGAAGUCUCAAAAGGUGCCCGUCAUCAGCAGCGGCACAAGUUGGGACGCCGUUCGGAAGUGCAUCUGCAGUGCGUAUUUCCAUCAUGCCGCCCGACUCAAGGGUAUCGGGGAAUAUGUGAACGCACGCACGGGCAUGCCCGCGCACCUUCAUCCUACGAGCUCUCUCUAUGGCAUGGGCAUCAACCCGGACUGGGUUUGCUAUCACGAUCUGGUGAUGACAACCAAGGAGUACAUGCAGUUUGUGACGGCCGUGGACCCCUUGUGGUUGGCUGAGCUUGGCAACAUCUUCUUCAGCGUCAAGGAUUCUGCUGAAGCGCGGCUGCGGCGCAAGAAGGAGAAUGAUCAAGAAAGCAAGCACAUGGAGCAGGAGAUGACAGAGGCCCUCAAUGCCAUGCGUGCGCGCGAUGCAAGUCGUGAGCAAGAGCGCAAGGCACUGUCCCGCUCCAUCCGCAUCGCCACUCCUGGUUCACGCCGCGAGCCUGGCACGCCCCGUUCAACCCCCCGCCGCUUUGGUCUAUAAGAGUUUAGCGUUUAGCACCCGUUCUCAUCCUCAGACGUCGAAUCGAGCAGCCCAUUUUAAAAAAUUGAGCCUACGUGGUG